CCGUCUCGACGCCCGCUCAUCAAUCAUCCCGUCGUAGUUGGCUUGGCCACAAACGCAGCGCCGUCGGGCGUGUGUCUUCCUCGCCGAGUCGAAACCUCCCAUUUUCCAUCCUCGUCAUCUUCGCAGCAUUACCCCCUCGCGCCACGCAGUCAUGCCGCGCAACUUUCUCUCCACCAUCCUCAAUAGGCCCAGCCAGUCGUACGCUGCCGAGGAGGCCCCACCACCGCGAUCAUCAAAGAAGUCAUCGUCAGGCGGCUGGAAUGCAGCGCCCACCGACCUACCCAAUGCUCCGGCAGGACCCUCGUCUCUCCGGCAAGGUGGGCCGCCGUCGAUGUCGGGCUACACUCAAGCGUCCACGACAACGCCAACCAAGUCCAAGUCUACCUCACGCUUCGGCAAAAAGGCGCAUAAGAGUCGCCCAUCGAUGGACGGCAGUGUCAAUGGAUUCAAUGAUGGCGCCUCCUCCAUCGCCGACACCAAUGCCUCCUUCUCCUCGAAGCGCAAGAGAUGGUGGGACACAAGUAGUCUGCGAGGCUUUGGCAAGGGCUCGAGGAGUAGGGCAGGCAGUGUCGCCGGAGGCGAGUCCGUCUUCUCCGAAUCUGCGGCGCCUCCUCCAGGUCUGGCUGGCAUCGGGUCAGCCUCUGUGGACCCUUCGCAGCAUCAUCGCACCCUGCGCGGUACUCGCAGCGAGAUUGGCAGCCCACGCUCGCCCAAGAUGCGCAUGGCACCACCGCUACCAGCUCAUGAUGCUGCAGCUCUACGUGCCAUGAACGCCACUGCCCGCCAAGAAGCCUCCGUAGCGCCCUUGGGACAGCAACCACCCGCUCUGAAUCAACAUGCAGCGAGUAUGAAUCGCCGUCACUCCAAGCAGGACAUGCGAGGAGCCAAUCUCACACCAUCAUCAGCGCCGCGACGAGCUCUAAGCGUGUCAGGCUACUCAGCGACAGGUGGUGGCGGCGGCGGCGGCGGCGCUGCACCGCUCUCCUCGGCAGGCUCUGCCACCUCGUCAGACUGGAAUGACUUUAUGAAGAGCAUGUCUAAUCGCGGCGUCUCGAAAGCGUGGACUCGCAAUCCUGGAACGGAUACUUCAGUGCAGCGCCGCAGAAGCGCCCUCGACCGGGUACAGAAGGAGUUGCAGGAGGAUGCACAGUUUGAGCAGGUCGUGCGCGAUCCAGGCGUCGUUCGCGGGGAUCUGUUAAGCAGGGCCGCGAGCGCUGUGGUUGGGGAGGGUGAGCAGACGAGCCACCAGUACGCGCAGCAGGCAAUGGGAGCAAGCAAUACAGUACCUGCUGGGCUGAGGCCGGGCUCCUACAUCGGCGCGCCCCAGCCGCAGACACAGCCGCAGUCUCAGCCCGACGAGCAGAGCCAGUACCAGCAAUCUACCCCAGUCAACUUUGUUGCCUCUCCGCGACGGUCGCAAGAGCAGGCCCGAUUCAACGCACAGACUCAGCCGCCCGCCCCACCUGCAGUCCCUGCCGAGCAGCUACAGCCUCAGCCCGUCACUCCCGCCGCAGACUCUUCUUACGAAGAGGAGCACAGCGAGGACGUCGAGUCGGAGGCGUCCAGCUCUUCCGAAGACGAAGGACAUCGCCAGCUGGACGCCGUAGCAGAGGAAGAAGAGGACAACUCCUCGCUAGGGCACCAAGCUCACAACGAGAUGCGCUACGGCCCGCGUGCUUCGUAUCUCCCCAAGACACCCCCCGUCAAGCACUCCCCUCUCCCGCCGAGUCCGCCGAACGCUCCUGUACCGCUUUUGACGCAGCAACCGGUCUUCUCGGCCACUGUCCCGCCCAGCGCGGUUGUAGAGCCAGCAGCAGAGGAUCAGGAGGAGGAGUGGGAGGAGGAGCCGCAAUCGCCCAAGGUCCCGCCUAAGGACACCGAACCGUCGCGGCCCUCGCUUGACACUGCGCUUGCCAAGCCUCCGUUUAUCAAAGAGGAUAGCACGCUGAGCGCCAGCACUGCCUCUUCUGCAGGUGAGGCUGCAGGCGGCUCAGCCUAUGCCAGCGCAGAGGACGAGGCAGACGUGAGCAGCGGCAGUGACAGUGAUGAGGAGGAGGUCAGGGACGGUAGCUCAGACGAGGACGAGAGCGGCAAAGACGGCGAAUUACAGGAGCGCCCUGCCUCGCGUGCUGUCACUUUCGAUGGGCUCAACGAGGCUUCUGGGCAGCUCAAGCGCCGCGCCUCUUCUGGCUCGCAGUCGACGAAGGGCAAGGGUAAGGCUAGGCAGAGCGACGACGAUGGCGAUGCUGCUACAGAGACUGGCUCCACGCGACGUCGCAGUGCAGCUCCCUCGCUCCAGCGCCGCCUCUCUGACCUGUCACUGGGCAAUUCCUUUGCUUUCUCCCACUUCAUGGGCUCCAAAAUCAGCGGUCGCUCAUCGUCGCGUCGCAUCAAGCUGGGCGACUCGGAUUCAGAUUCGGAGCGCGGCUCUGCAGGCUCAGGCGACGACGAAGAGCUGAAGAAGCUCGCUCUCGCCGAGCAGGAUCGACUACGCCGCAUGAGUGUGGGCGACGACUUCUUUGGCGGCUCACUCAGCGACGUGCUGGCGCAAUUUGACAAGAUGGAGUUCGGCGAAGGGGCGACGAGUAGUGAGAAGACGGCCGCUUUGGCGGAGAAGGCCCAGCAGGGUGGUGUGAGCCGAGAGGACACGCAACAGGCGCAGGCUGAGGCGCAGCAGAUUGUCAACGAGGUGCGCAGACGCAGAGCUGGAGGUGCAGGCAAGGACGAUGAUGGCAAGACUGUGCGAAGUGAAGCGGCGGGUACGCUCGCUGCGAGCUUUGCUGCGUUACUUCUCAUGGCGGACAACGAUGGCGAUGCGGUGGUGGAGCAGAGCGUUGCGUCUCCUCCGACCACGUCAGCUGCAGCCACUCCUAAGCCUUCCGCCCCAGCCGAGCUCCCCUCCUCCCCCUCGACGGUCAACGCCAACCUCUUCUCCACCGCUGCUCCCGCUGCCGCGAGUAGCCCACCAGAGAAGCGCUUCAGCGUCAUGGACCGACCGAGGCAGCGCGCCGCCCGGCCGGUGGAAAUGGGCGGCAUCGCUAUCAGUCGCGGCAAGUUGGCUGCCGAUGUGCCCAAGGCAGCUCCUGUGGAUGAGCGCAGUACGCUGCCCUCGCUCGCAACAUUCCGCAAGAAUCCUACGCCUGCCCCCGCACCUAGCAGCGCAUCCGUCGCGAGCACCGCCAGCCCAUCAACUUCACCCAAGGCUGCAAAGCGUAGCAUCGACCUUGGCGACCAGCAGCGAUCGCGCGACAAGCCUCCGCCGGCAAAGAGUGCCCUCAAGCCCAAGACGUUGCGUUCCAGCAAGUCUCUUGCAGACACUUUGUUCAGCUUUGGAGGGUCUAGCCCGCAGAAGAAGGCCGAGAAGGCCGAGAAGGCCAACAAGAAGAAGGAGGGUAAGAGGGCGCGCGCAAUCAGCGUUGGUAGUGAAAAGAGCGCAAAGGUGAAGGAGGACGCCAAGGAUCGUGCUGAGCCGGCUGCGCCGCCAGCCGCGACGCCGGUCGCGCCGCCACCACAGGAUCCUCCCUCCACCUCGUCGUCGAACGCCUCGCCCGUCAAGGAAGCCGGGGAGCCGGUGUACCCGCUGGCAGCUGCGCUUCACGAACAGGUGGUCCCGACUUACCCACGACAGUCACUGGACAAGGGCAAGGGACGCGAGGUGCUCGACUAUGGCGAGAAGCCGCCUCGACCUCCCGUGCGUCAGUCUUCGCACGCUCGCACAACAUCGGCAGCUACGGACGGCACAGCUUCGACGCAGACGACCGACACGACCGAAUCUACCGCAUCGCAGGACCACCAGACUGUCCCAGCGUCCCUCGCUCCCCUGCCCGCCGUCAGCGAGGCAGCGACUUCACCAGCUGCCUCGACCGACGUUGGGUCAGAGGCGAGCGCUGUCAGCACCACCCUCACCUCGCCAUCGCAGCCAUUCCCGGCCGUAGCGCCCAAAGACGAUGAGAUUGCAGCAGCGCCGGCACCAGCAAUUUCUCUUCCCCCGCCUCCCGCCUUCGACGAGACCUCUCGCGUCAACGCCGAGGAGAGCACGCCGCAGGCGGUCCAACACCCGGAGCCCACCUUCUCCGCAACCGUUCCCACGGAGCCCGCCUUUGGGAUGAACAUCAUUCCUCCCACUCCUCCCGCUGCAACGCUGGACAACCCGCACUCGGCUCAACAGCUACGCCGCAGCCACUCGUCCGCUACAACGGCUAGCUCGUCCAUGCGCACCCCAACGGCCGAAGUCCCCCACCCGAUACUGGGUGAAGGUCUCGACCUCACCCGUCCGGAGCUUGCACGUUCGGCCAGCGGUGUGUCAAAGCGUUCCAGCGACACGGCUCAGCGCAAGGCCAGUCGGAGGAGAAGCGUGCAGUCACAGAGUGAGGAUGGGUCGACUACGGCCUCUGCUCUUGGCCUACCCGCAGGUAUGACGGUCACCACGCUCGCCUCUUCUGGGAGCGGUGGGUCGAUGAAGCGCAAGAAGAGCGGGAAGAAGGCCGGUAGCGGGGUAAGCGCUGCCAUCAAGAGGACGAGCGAUGUUCCUCUCCCUCUUGCCGGUGUGCCAAUGAUGCAUCCCCCGCAGCAGCAGCAGCAGCAGCAGCAGCAGGCACCGGCGCAAGCACGUGUAGGCCCUGCCUCGCCUACCCGCCCUCCUCCACCGCCACCGGCAAAGGACACCAUUCCGAGCCCCAUCUCUGCGGUGCCGUCGCGCGUCUACGCCAAUCGAUCGCCCGUGCACACGUUCGGCGGUGGUGCGAACAGCGAGGUCAACUCUUCCUCGCUCGCUAGCCUCUCACCCCCUCCGUCUACUGCUGGAUCAUCCGCCGGUACGCCAGACGAGCGUGAUCCAUCUCCAGCACGCAGUCUGACUUCGCGCGGGUCGUCGACCAACUUCUCAUCGGUACACGGCGGCUCAGGCGGGUAUGCUGGUGUUGGGGCAUCAGGCGCAAGCAACUACGCCGCAUCUGAGGACGGCUCUUCCUCUUACGGCGGGACGCCCAGCCACUAUCAGACUCAGCCCAACGCGCACCGCGCCCGUGUGCGUACCCAAUCCACGGGGCCCUCGCGUCGCGGAUCACAGAUGGCCGGCAUGGCUGCUAUCGACGAGUGGGCCUCUUCGUCCCCAAUCUCACGUGCCACGAGCCCGUACUAUGAUGGUGAUCACGCGCUCACCGGAGGGACCACUGCAGGAACGCCGUACGAUAUUGCGGCGGCUACAAGCACCAACCCUCCCUCCGCCACAUCUGGCAAUGAGCUGGGCGGCUCGUCGCCAGCCUUCAUGCGGAACGCACCCAUGGGAGCGCCCACGGAGAUGCUGUUGCAUCCACCUGUUCCCCGUUCGCGCCUUUCGCUCGUGACAGACGAAGACAGGCUGCGGGCUACCGCGUCUCUUGACGGCCACGGCGACUCUGGCGGCCUCUCCCGGGCGAACAGCCUGCGCUCCGUCUCGUACUCUCAGAGCGAAGCCGGACACGGUAGCGGCGGUCUGUCCCCCUCCGUCCGACGCUCACCCAUGUCGCUCACCUCCGGCAUGUCGUCCUUCUCCGCCACCCCAUCCAUGAGCAGCCUUCCCUCCGUCCCCAAGAGUGGGUACAGGGCGCAAGACCCAAUCAAGGCGGCGGGCAGCAGUUCCAUAGACGACAGGCUGUACCAGCGCUCCACGAUGGCCACCAUCUCUGUCCUCUCUGGCGCCUUCAAGAAGGAGGGCGGCGUCUCUCGUUCCAUGUCCAAGCGUCGGUCCAUGGACAUCACGCAUGGCUCUACGACCGACUUGGCCUCCUCGCGCACUUCCCUCGAUCGUGAUGGUGUUCCGGGUCAUCUCCUCGACGAGCUCAACCAGACCACGAUGGGGUUGACGGCUCACACCGCUCCACCACGCAAGAUUGGCUCUUCGCACGUCUUGGUUCAAGUAAUCGCCGUUGCCAUCGAUGAGAUGGAUCGCCUUCUCCUCCGCGAGAAGGUGCGCUCCUCCGAUGGAGCGUAUGGCUUCGUACCUGGGCGCUCCUUCACUGGCCGCGUAAUGGAGGUGGGCUGGGAGGUCAAGCGCUUGCGCAAAGGCGAUGUAGUCUUUGGUCUGCAGUCUGCACGCAAGUGUGGAGCACUUGCCGAGUUCAUGACCGUCCAGCAGGAUCUUGUGGUCAAAGCGCCAGAGGACUGUCUUACGGUGGAGCAGAUCUCGGCUUUGCCUUCCGCGGGCGUGCUGGCUCACCAGGUUAUGCGCAACCAUUGCGCCAAUCUACCCAAGGGCGCUCGUAUCCUCAUCCUCAACGCGCACGAUGGCGUGGGCUUGCUCGCGAUGCAGGAAUGUGCCGAUCUGGGCCCCGUCAUCGUAGCACAGUGCCCCGCCUCCGUGAGCGACGGUGUACCGCUCUGCGAGGCCAAUGGAGCGCACGAAGUCGUGGUAGGCGAGCCACUCUGGGCGAUGAACACGCUACAUGAGAGCAGCUUCGAUCUCGUGCUGGAUACGGUCGGCGGGCGCAGGUUGUACGAUGCGGCGAGGAGGAUCCUAGCGACCAACGGGCAGUUUGUGACGUGUUUUGGCGACGAGAGUCUGGGUGGCGGGCUGAGUGGUAACCCAAACUUCAAGGCGAGCAUGCGAAGUUUGAGGCGGACCUUCUUCAAGAAGGACAAGAAGAACAUCGGAUAUGAAUGGAUCGGCGUCGACUCGUCCGACGACUGUCGCGAGGCUCUUGAAGCGGUACGGGCCGUAGCAGAGGCAGGAGACAUAUGCCCGCGAUUGAGGAGUAUCCUGGCAUUCGCUGAUGCUUCUCGAGCCUUUGAUCCUGUACUCAAGGGUGGGGAGGACGAUCAGCCUGGCGCGGUGGUUGUGAGGGUGUCGUAGACACGCCAUGCGGGGCGUAGGGCGCGGGCCUAGGCGCGGGGCGUAGGAUGGAUGUGUGGAUUCGUACCGAUAAUGCUUUACUCUGC